AUGGAUGAUCAAAACUACAAUGAAGAAGAAGCUUACUCAAUUAUAAAUUGCAAUUUGCCGAAAGAUGCAAUGGAGCUGAUACUCGUAGGGCUUCCAGUCAAAUCGCUGCUCCGGUUUAAGUGUGUAGCCAAAUCAUGGUAUAAUUACAUUAGGAACCCUAAUUUUAUCAAAAUGCACCGAAAUCAUCAAAUCUAUCGUAUUCCUUCUGUCAUUUACUCUUACCAGAAAAAGAAUGUUAGCUGCUUCAGGCCUGAUAUAUUUUUGCUACAUCUUCAUCCUGUUUUGCGCAACACUGAACAGUAUAAUUCCCCUAUAAAACAGCAAUUGUAUUUACCUUUUGAUGGGGUGAAAUUCGAGUGUUGCUGCAAUGGUUUCAUUUGUUUUAUGAAGAAUAUCUAUAGCUCACCAAAAGUUAUCCUCUGGAAUCCCGCUAAUCAUAGAUACAAAUGCAUUAGUAUACCCUCUGAGUGCUCCAAAUUUACUGAUCUAAAACUCGGGUUUCAUCAACAAAGCAAUGAAUAUAAAAUUUUGAAAGUCCCUUUUCAGAUGUUGAUGGAUGAUGAAUCAACGAAAGUUGCUUGGGUUUAUACCCUGAGUUCAGGUUCAUGGAAAACCGUAUCGUUCACUCUUCCUACCCUAACUGGUUCUUCGGAACCUCAGAUUUUUGUGAAUGGUUUUAUGUAUUGGCUGACUGGACGCGAGGUGGAAUAUGUUAUCUGCUUUGAUCUGAUUAAGGAUGAAUUCAAACUUAUAGAUAUUCCUGAUGAUCGUGGUUUUGAUUGCCAACUUGUUCACAGAAAGCUUAUGGUUUUGAGAGGAUCACUAGCAAUGAUGGUCUCCGUUGAGGAUUGUACUAAGAACACUGAGAUAUGGAUGCUCGUGAAUGAAAAGAGUUCAUACUCUUGGACUAAGAAGUUCAUUUUAGAACCUUUCUCCAAAAAAACAAUGUUGUUGGGAAUGUUGAACGAUCAUAAGCUUCUCUUCGUUGUUUUAAAAACUCUUCCUUAUGGUCUCAGACAAGUCUACUCUUAUGAUCUGGUUACCGAAAAGAUAGAAUAUUUUCAUGUGCCGAUGGAACAAGAUAUAGCAUGGUUUGUGGGAGUGUAUGGGUGCUAUUUUGAGAGCUUGGAACUUGAAGAUGGAUCUGGCCGGAGAUACUGA